GAGCAAAGACUUCCAGCUUGAAGCUUUUAGAUUCUCUCUCUAAACUACAAAAUCAGAAGCCCUUCUCUCUCUAGACCACAAGGGAUUCGAGGUUCAUAAUAUGAGUAGGAAAAGAGAGAGAUCCACAUUCUCGAACCAGCCUCAUGGCCCCAAGAGGAAGAACCCACGCAUCACCCACAUGAGAGAGAAAGAGGAGAGAGGAGAGCCGAAAAGCAGAGGCAGCUCUCUGGUGAUUGUUUGUUGCUUGCCCUCAGAUUGCACAAUUAUGGAAUUGAAGUCUCGUUUUGAGUCCUUUGGAAGCAUCGCGAGGGCGAGGAUCGAUUCGGACUGUGGAACUGCUCAGAUCACUUAUCGAUUGAGGGAUUCGGCGGAGGCUGCCAUUGCGAAUUCUAAAGACCCAUUUGGCAUAUCCAUAAGAAACAAAAAGAUACAAGUUUCAUGGGCAGACGAUCCUUUACCUCGGUGGAAAGUGGGUGUUGGCCUCUCUUCUCACAAAGACAGACAAUCUAAGCUACUUAGACCAGAAACUCCUCUCAGUAGACAUGGUAAACUUGCCAACCGGCUCGGUGCAGUAAAUAGGGAAUCAAAUUCAUCCUUCAAAGACCGAGAGGUGGUUGCAUAUGAUGACCUUCUUUGACUGUUAUAGUUUCAAGAAGGUGGAAUAGAUAUUUGUUUUUCUUUUCUUAUGCAUGAAGGACAUUCGUUUCUUCUUGUUUAGUUGGCAAUUAGAAUGCCAGAGCCAUUUAGGUCGGCCUCUCUCUCUCUCUCUCUCUGUCAAACACACAAGCACGCAAGUGGGCACACACACCGACUACUAUUUAAACGUGGUUGAUGAUAGUGGGCUGCAUGCCCAGCUCUAUACAAUGCUUUACUAUGUUCUGCUGCUUCUGCAUCGAUCUGAAAUGAUUCCUGUUUCUCAAGGAGAGUGGAAAGAGAGGAUUGUCAAGAGCAGCAUCCAUGCAUUAGAAUAGGACUUGAUUGGGAGAAGUUUAUGGAAUAUGUUUUGAUGGGAAACAACUGAGGGGUUUGGUAUAGAAGUACUCAUGAAAUUGGAGGAUUAAUAUAAAAGCAAAGACAGCUGGGGCACUGUAUAAUUGUGGUCCUUGAAUCUUUGUUAAUUGGGA